CCCCCCCACACUUCAAUGGAGAACUCCGUAAACAACUGCGUGAGACAAAAGGUAUUCUCUAAUCACCAAGUCAGAACGAUACACGAAGAAGAAGAAGAUCAAAAAGAAGAGAGUAGUUGGCUAAUCUACUUUGAAGACAUUGAUCACGAAGACGAAAUGGUCGAAGAAAUGAGUCAUUACUACGAUAAUGAUUCAUCGAUGAUCUCAGACGCUGCAUCUCCUGUCCACAACACAAAGAUACAUAACGUUGCUCGUCGAAAGGCUAAUAGUAUUAAUACAAACCCUAAAAAGAGAAGUAUCAUCCAUCAACACAAAGAAGAAAAACAAGAAGAAGAAGGAGAUGAAGACGAAGAAGAAGACACAGCCUCUUCUCCUUCGAAUAAAACUAAGGUUAGAUUAUAUAUAUAUAUACGAGUGUAUCUUAAUUUGUGGAGUUGGUCUUUUCGUUUUGUUAAGUUUCUAACAUUUUUGGUGUUUAUUCAGGGUUGUCAUGUGUUGGAUGGUGGUGAAAAUAAUGUAAAUGUUACAUCAGAGGUAAUAUUCAAGAAACAUUGUGUUGCAAGAGACAUAAGAUCGAACAUAAAUGAAGUCAUAAAUGAAGAAUUCUUAUCUGCAGAACUGAAGAAGAGAGGACUUUGUCUAGUUCCUUUAUCAACGUUUUCUAAUUUUAUUGCUUGAUGAUUCUUGUUUAAAGAAAGGGUUUUUAACUGUGAUCAUUAUUUUUAUUCUUCUGAUUCUUUGAUGUAAGAUCUUUACUAUUAUUGACAAGUAAAUAUAUAGAAAAUGGAAUUCAGAUUGCAAAUUUAACACUUUGGAAAUGUCUACUCUAUGAUCAUAAGUGAGACUGAGCUUAUACCCAUCUUUUCGUUACAAAUCUGCUAUGGCCCUGUUCGUUUGCUCACCCAGGUGAUCUAUCUGGGUGAAGAUGGAAAUUGAUGUUCGUUUAGUGCAUUAUAAUGCUACAUCCAGAUGGAUCACCCAGCUGAAUUCAUCUCAAAUUCUCACCUAAAUGAAGGUGAGUCUUGAUAGUGCAUCUGGAUGCAGAUGCAUCUAGUUCAGUCCAAAAUAAUAAAUGACAAAAAUGAUCUUUUAAAAUCAAAAUAUUAUUUUCAAACCGUAAAUUCUAUUUUUUUUUGCAUUUACAUUUUUUCGCUAUAACCAAAAAAUGUAU